UCAUGUCGUCCUGGAAACAAAACGAUCGCGAGCAGACUUUGCCCGUCAUAAAGCUUUUCAGGAAGCAGCGCUGGUACCGAGUGUGGAAGACUUAACAUGGAAAGACCAGCAGUGAACACCAGUGAGCAGCUUCCCCCUGCCUACAGCCCCUCAUACUCCCAACACGAUAUCCAUGGAAAAGAGAACAGGACUGGUGAGGAGGUUGGUCAGCACAGCAACAUAGAUAUGCCAGACAGUGCUCCCCCGGCAUAUGGCCAGAACUUGGAGGAUGUUAACUGCUUCUCAGAAGCUGACAUCAGAAGAGGUUUUGUGAGAAAGGUGUAUGUGACUCUUAUGGUUCAAUUGCUGAUAACAAUUGGCAUCAUCUGUGCAUUCCUCUAUUGGGACACCCUGAGAACAUGGACAAUAAGGACCAACUGGUUCAAUUACGCCAUGAUGGCGACAACAUUCGUUCUCAUCAUGGUGCUUUCGUGCUGUGGGGACAUACGUCGAAAGGUUCCCUUGAACUUCUUUUUCCUUGGACUGUUUACCAUUGCAGAGGGUCUGCUGCUCGGAUCAGUGACAGUGUUCUAUGAUGCACAGGCUGUUAUGUGGGCUGUGGGGGCCACUGCUUUGGUGUCCUUUGCUCUCAGUGUGUUUGCAAUGCAAUCUAAGUGGGACUUCACAGUAGCUACUGGUUCGAUGUGGGUAAUCUGCUGGACACUGAUUUCAUUUGGAUUACUUUGUGCUAUCUUGAGAUCCCAGUAUCUUAACAUUGUGUAUGCAUCUCUGGGAACAUUGGUCUUCUCUAUUUACCUUGUAAUGGACACACAGCUAAUGCUAGGUAAAAAACACAAAUACAGCAUCAGUCCAGAGGAGUACAUAUUUGCAGCGCUGAAUCUCUACAUUGAUAUCGUGGUCAUUUUCCUGAUGAUACUUCAAUUGAUUGGGCUCAGCCGUUGAUGGAACUUGUCAGCACCUACCAAAAAGAGGCACUGUCUAUCCUCCAACCAUUACUCCAUUUUUUUUUUUUUUACAUUUAUGUAAUUAUGGGUAGCCUUAUUACUGAUAUGCAUGAAGCAAUAAAGUCUAGAUACAUCGUUAUGAACUCAAUCACAGCAGAAAGCUGAAAACAGAUGACAGAAUAAUUUUUUUUUUUUUUAAAUCAGCGAGCUCACAAGCUAGCUGAUAUGAGUUGCCAGUGUCUUUCAAUACAGAUGAGCUGCAGAAUAUCUGCUACUGCUUACUGCCUGAACAGAGUGGCACUAUGAGACUGGACUUCCUGCCUACAUCCUUCACAUAACACUCUUGCCCACAUUCAGAUCAGUUCAGACACCGCUGUAACCGUUCUACUGUUUAAAAUGAUCAUGCACAGAGAUGGAGUUAUAAAGUUCACCACGGGGGGCACCCUUUCCGUUUCAUUUACCGUGCCCACCAAACAUCUAUCACAAGUUUUG